AUGGACCAGAUAAAGCCAGUGCCAGGCACACAGAGAAGGGGACUGAGGGCCAGCUGCUGGAAGGUAGCCGUUGCUGCUGCCGUCGUGGGCAGCGUCACAGCCCUCUACCUGGGGAUCCUGCUGGCCUGUCAUCCUGCAGGAGAGACCAGCUUUGAGCACACCGUGGAGCUGCAAGGAAUCACAUUCAACAGCAGCUUACAGAUGGAGAACUCGGACUACUACAGGGUGCUGACACCUGCUCUCGAGAGGCUGUUUCUGUCCAGUUUCCAGGACUCCCAGCUGGACUGGAGCUGCACCGGUUGCACCAUCCUGGGCUACAGCCUCCGCUUCGCCCUCCAGGAUUCCCAGCCCCUGAGCUCGACCGUGGAGGAGGAGGCUCUCAGGCACGGGCUGGCGGCUGCCCUGCAUGAGCAGGGGCUCUCCCUGGCUGCCUACGGGACCAUAUCUGCAGCUGCUCUUGCAGGUCCCAGUGAGGUUUCUCCUCUCAGACCUGGACUGAAAUCAGGGAGCUGCCCCGGACACGAGUUCACGUGCCGCAAUGCCCAAUGUGUGUGGAAGGAAAACCCUGAAUGCGACGGACAAAAAGACUGCGCCGACGCCUCUGAUGAAAGGGGCUGUGACUGCGGGAGCCGCCCUGCCAUGCAGACUGCCACCAGGAUAGUUGGAGGCUCAGAGGCAUCCAGAGGGGAGUUCCCGUGGCAAGUCAGCCUGCGCGAGAGCAAUGAGCACUUCUGUGGUGCUGCAAUCCUCACGGAGAAGUGGCUGGGGGUGAAAAACCUCCUCCACUGAGUAAGCUCCCGCCACGCUAGCUGGCCCCGUUUCCAAAAGUUUCAGGACCCGGCCAUGUGGGCAGCUUACACAGGGACCACCUCCCUCAGAGGCUCGGAGCGCGGCGCUGUGAAAAUGGGCAUCGCGCGGAUCAUUCUGCACCCCUCCUACAACACCGACACGGCAGACUAUGAUGUGGCUGUGCUGGAGCUGAAGAGCCCGGUGACCUUCACUAAGUACAUCCAGCCCGUGUGCCUGCCAGACGCUGGGCACCACUUCCCCACCAGCAAGAAGUGCCUUAUCUCUGGCUGGGGCUACCUCAGGGAGGAUUUCAUGGUGAAACCAGAGUUCCUGCAGAAAGCCACAGUGGAGCUGCUGGACCAGAAGCUGUGCUCCAGCCUCUACAGCCAUGCCCUCACAGACAGGAUGCUGUGUGCAGGCUACUUGGAGGGGAAAAUCGACUCCUGCCAGGGUGACUCUGGUGGGCCUCUGGUUUGCCAAGAACCAUCUGGCAAGUUCUUCCUGGCGGGAAUCGUGAGUUGGGGAAUUGGAUGUGGUGAAGCCAGGAGGCCUGGGGUUUACACACGUGUUACCAAACUCAGAGACUGGAUCUUGGAUGCUAUUUCUGCCUUCCCCACCUCCAUAGCCCGUCCCAUCCCGCUAAUACACUCCAGUACUAAUAGUAAUGUGAUCAGCUCUGAAGAACUCAACACCACCACCACCACUGGAGCAACCCCCACCACUCCACCAGCCCCAGCCACCAGCAAGCCAGUGACUGCAUCAAGACCACAAGAGUGUGGAGGACGACCUGGGUUCUCUAAAUCCAGCAAGAUCGUGGGAGGAGCAGAUGCUUCCAGAGGAGAGAUCCCCUGGCAAGUCAGCCUGAAAGAAGACUCAAGGCAUUUCUGUGGAGCCACCAUAAUUGGGGACCGCUGGCUGCUGUCAGCAGCUCACUGCUUCAAUGAGACAAAUCCAGAAGAGAUCGAAGCCUACCUGGGAACAACAUCACUAAAUGGAACAGACGAGAACGCAGUGAAAGUCAAUGUCACAAGAGUGAUCCAGCAUCCCCUCUUCAGCCCCGUUCUUCUGGACUUUGAUGUGGCUGUACUCGAGCUGGCAAGACCUCUUGUCUUCAACAACUACAUCCAGCCCAUCUGUCUCCCACUUGCUGUGCAGAAGUUUCCUGUUGGCAAGAAAUGCAUAAUUUCUGGGUGGGGUAACCUCCAAGAAGGGAACGUCACCGAGCCUGAGAUCCUGCAGAAAGCCUCCGUGAACAUCAUAGACCAGAAGACCUGCAACUUCCUCUACAACUUCUCCCUCACUGACCAAAUGAUCUGUGCUGGCUUCCUGGAGGGGAAGAUAGACUCAUGCCAGGGAGAUUCGGGUGGACCUUUGGCUUGUGAGGUGACCCCAGGAGUGUUUUAUCUGGCUGGCAUCGUCAGUUGGGGAAUUGGUUGUGCCCAGGCUAUGAAACCUGGUGUGUACUCCAGAAUUACCAAACUCAAAGACUGGAUCCUGGACACCAUCUCACAGUUGACCAGUCCUGGCUCAGGCACCCCUUCCAGUUCAGCCAUCACUAGAACUUCUACUGCAGCCAUCCUCACCCGCCAGCUCAGCACAACAGCUCCAAGUCUAAUCAACAGAACCACCCUGGAGAUGAAGAUGACCACAGCCAUGAAAGAAACCUCCACAGCUCUGAAAACCACUGAGCCUGCCAAGCCCACCAGGACCCCAGUGGUGCCUUGUACCAGCCAGACUUUCAAGUGUUCCAGCAAGGUCUGCAUUGGAAAACAAAAUCCUGAAUGUGAUGGCAUCGUUGACUGCAGCAACGGUUUUGAUGAGCGCAACUGUGACUGUGGCUUAACAACUGCCCUGGCCUUCAGCAAGAUUGUGGGUGGCAGCACUGCAGCUCGAGGAGAAUGGCCCUGGCAAGUCAGCCUCUGGCUUCAGCGGAAGGAGCACAAGUGUGGGGCUGUCCUCAUUGCCGACCGGUGGCUUCUCUCUGCAGCUCACUGCUUUGAUAUUUACAGUGACCCCAAAAUGUGGGUGGCCUUUCUAGGAACACCCUUCCUGAGUGGCAUCGAUGGCAAAAUGGAGAAAAUAUUCCGUAUCUAUAAGCAUCCUUUUUACAACGUCUACAGCCUGGACUACGACGUGGCACUGUUGGAGCUGAACACGCCCAUCAAGUUCAGCAACACCAUCAAACCUAUAUGUCUCCCAGACAAUUCACACAUCUUCCAUGAAGGAUCCAGAUGCUUCAUCACAGGCUGGGGCUCCACGAAGGAAGGAGGUCUCAUGUCAAAGCAUCUGCAAAAAGCAGCAGUGAACAUGAUCGGAGACCAGGCCUGCAAAAAGUUCUACCCUGUCCAGAUCAGCAGCAGGAUGGUGUGUGCCGGUUUCCCACAGGGCACCGUCGACAGCUGUUCAGGUGACGCAGGUGGGCCACUGGCAUGUCAAGAACCCUCAGGGAAGUGGUUUCUGGCAGGAAUCACAAGCUGGGGCUAUGGCUGUGGCAGGCCAUUCUUCCCUGGUGUCUACACCAAAGUCACAGCUGUCCAGGGCUGGAUUGCACAGAACCUCAAGCUCUGAAGCUGUAUUUUGCCACUCAGGGAAGGCAAUGAACAAGAGCAGUAACUGCCAGAGGAUGCACGAACCCCUCGGCUAUUGUACUUUUUUUUUUUUUGAUGCUGCAAAGGGGUGAAGAUGGCCUGCCAGGUAUCCAGCAAAUGCCAGUGUUGUGUGCCCCACUGCAGUUGUGACACCAGGGCAUUUGAUAACUGCUUUGCAUAGAAAGCUACAAUUCUAGACAUUUUCUAUAAAUAAAUGAAGCCUGUCCCAUC